AUGCCCGCCGACAUGUCUAUGGUCCCCUACAAUAGGGGGGAUUCUGAUGUGGUACUACGGCACAAUGACUCGGUGGUUGUGUUCGACCAUGACUCUCAGCAGCUCGUUCUCCGCAAUACGUCAGACACGGACAUUGGCGACAUGGAGCUAGCCGACUGCCCAUUCUGCCAUCGCUCAAUGCGCGAAAACAGCAGAGAAAGGAAUUGUGUGAACGCCGAGGCCGAGGGAGAAUUUAUUAACCCGAAUUACUUUCGCAUGCUCAACAAUAGCCUACCCGGCUCUGAAGCAUCCUCGACUCCUCCGUCCCCACGCCAUCGCUUUGUUCAGCCUGCACUCCCCGUUGGACCUACAAAUGACACACGCGCUCAGUCUCCCUCGUCACCGCAAGGGAUCUCCUCUGCGGCAUUCAGCCCCGAUUACUUCAAGAGAUUCUUCGUGGAGGAACGAGUGCUGGGUAAAGGUGGAAAGGGAGUGGUGCUACUGGUGAAGCAUGUCUUAGACAGCGUGUCACUUGGGCAUUACGCAUGCAAGCGUGUUCCUGUCGGUGAUGAUCAUGAGUGGUUGGAAAAGGUACUGGGCGAAGUGCAGUUGUUACAGCAUCUCUCCCACCAGAACCUUGUCUCAUACCGUCAUGUCUGGCUCGAAAAUGCAAAGAUAACCACCUUCGGCCCAAGUGUGCCUUGCGCAUUUAUAUUGCAGCAAUACUGCAAUGCUGGCGAUUUGCAUGACUAUAUUUGCGGAUCCAUUGAAACCUCAACCACUGCACAGCAAUUAAAGGACCGCCUCCGCCGCAAAUCCAAGGGCGAACCCGAACCUCGAACUAAGCUGGCAGGGGCUCGCACCCUCCAGCUGGAUGAGAUCUACUCUUUCUUCCGUGAUAUAACCUCUGGGCUUCGCUAUCUUCACGCCAGUGGAUACAUCCAUCGUGAUCUAAAGCCACACAAUUGCCUGCUCCAUGAGACCAGUGAUGGCAUUCGGGUUUUGGUCAGCGAUUUCGGCGAGGUACAGUCCCAAGAUGCAAUGCGCAAAUCAACCGGUGCGACUGGUACUCUUUCAUACUGUGCUCCUGAAGUUCUUCGUCAGGAGUAUCCUGACGGUCCAUUUGGCAAUUUCACCUUCAAAUCCGAUAUUUUCUCCCUCGGCAUGAUCCUUUACUUUUUAUGCUUCGCGGCACUUCCAUACGCAAAUGCCGAUUUAAUCAACGAGGAAAAAGAGGACUUGGAUCAGCUCCGCGCCGAAAUCACCAGUUGGGCUGGGUUUGACCAUGCACGAGCUAUCCGCUCCGAUCUCCCAGAAAAGCUGUACAGGUUCCUAGAGCGCUUGCUCUCAGUCGAUCCUGCUCGGAGACCCUCCGCCGAGGAGGUAUUAAAUGGCAUCCAAGUUGGUGCCAACGCAAACGAAAACUUCCGCUUCAGAAAGGCUAGCUCGGGAAGUUCUGACCUGCCUACCGCUCGAAUCCGCCCAUUAGAUAGCCCGCAGCCAUCGUUGGAGCGGGCUCUAUCCCCUACCAAAAAGCUACAACGAAACCCAACAUCCUUCCGGCGUGACUCGAUGUUUGACUCGAGCAAAGUUCGAAACGGUGCAGCACCAGUGGUUGACCGCAGUUCAGAGGAAAGCUCCUCUUAUAGCCCGGAUCGAGACAUGGUGGUCCGGCGUCGCUAUUCAACUACGCAACAAACGUCUCCCGCUCCACGCCCUCAUGUACAAUCGUCGCCCCUAAAUUCUCAACCUCAAUCAAUGCCUCAACAUCAUCUUCUCCCACCCCCACCGAGCCGCUUUCCCGUCCUAAACUCCCUAGCAUCUUUGGCCCCAUCUUCACCCUCAUCCAUCUUACAACUCACACUCUUCCUCGCCAAAGUCACAUCGCUCCUCCAUCCAUGCUCGCCAUUAGCGGUCAAUCCUUGGAUUCUUUACCCCCUCCUUAUCUCUGCAGCAUUCACCUUGAGAACUCGCAAUAUUUGGGCUCAAGGCGUUGCCCUCUUUCUUCACAUACUGGUUGUCGGGUUGGGUUUCCGUCUAGGUGCCCUGUGCAUCUGGCACCAAAAUUCAGAGAUGCACUUGUAA